AACACACGUAGUUUUAUUUUGGUGUGGUGGGUGCGAAAUCGAGGGCUUCUUCAUCUUGCCAGUAUCUCCAAAGAUUCUCCCCGAAAUUGCGAACGAUGGAUCUCUGUAAGAUUGCAUUUGUUUUUUCUGCGUGAAAUUGAGUCUCAGAGCAUUGCAGUUUCCGAUUUCCCGCUUUUUGAGGGAUCAGUAACUUCGAGUCGAGCUUUUUUCGGUUUGGAUCUCAAGGUUUAGCUCUGGUUAGGGGUGGAAUCACCGUGUUUUCCGGUGAAGAGGAAUCUGUGAAGGGGUUAGGGUUUUUGAGUCAAUGGCGUCGAAUCCUCCAUUCGUCAUGGAGGAUCAGUCGGAUGAUGAGGAUUUUUUUGAUAAACUGGUUGAGGAUGAUAUGGAGCCCGUGAAGGCUAGUCGUCCUGUUGAAGGGAAUGAUUCUGAUGAUGCUAAGGCGUUUGGGAAUCUGGGUAUCAGUGAUGCUGAUGCUGCUGCAUUUGAGAGUUUGGAUACUGGUGAAAGUGGGGUAGUUGAACUCCAAGGGGAACUGGAACCUGUGAAAUCUGAUGUGGCUUUGGUUGAUGGACAUGGGCAGGAGGGGAAUUCAUUACUUGCUUCUAGUUCAGUAGCGUCUGAGAGUAAGAAGGAUCCUGGUAACGAUGGAUCAGAGUUAGUGUCUGCUCCAGCUGUAAGUGAGAGUGAUAAAAGCUCUAGUUCAGAGGUAAAGGAAGUGGGUUGGAAUUCUUUUUAUGCUGAUUCAAAUGGAGGCAUUGGGCUUGGAUCAUAUUCUGACUUUUUCAGCGAGUUGGGAGAUCAGUCUACGGAUUUUCCAGGGAAUGCAUCUGAUAAUUUAAAUAGGGAAGUGAACCGUGGUAAUGAAGGUCAAAGUGAUGGCUUCAAUACUUCAGUUAAGCACUUGCAAGAUCAAAAGGUUCCAAGUUAUGAUACAAGUUUUGAAUAUCCGACGAACAAGCAAGAUGAUGGCUUAAGUACUUCAGUUAAUUAUGGGCAGUAUCAAGAGGGUCAAGCUUAUGAUGCAUCUUCAGAUGCACACACAAAUGGACAAGAUCUUACUGGUCAGAAUUGGGAUGAUCUUUAUCCUGGUUGGAAGUAUGAUCAUGCCACUGGGCAAUGGUAUCAAAUAGAUGGGAAUAAUGCUACAGGCACUGCUCAGCAAUGCUCUGAAGCUAUUCCAGCUGUGGAUUCGGCUGUUUCUUCAGAUGGAAAAACAGAGAUCUCUUACAUGCAACAAACUGCUCAGUCUGUUCCUGGAACUUUAGCUGAAACUGGUACAGCUGAGAGUGUAUCUACCUGGAGUCAGGUUUCACAAGGGAAUAAUGGCUAUCCAGAACAUAUGGUUUUCGAUCCUCAGUAUCCUGGUUGGUAUUAUGACACAAUUGCUCAAGAAUGGCGCUCAUUGGAAACUUAUAGUUCAUCUGUUCAGCCUUCUGUUCAUGGACUUGAACAUGGGCAUGUAUCUACCAGUACUUUCUCACCCAAUGAUAGUAGUUUGUAUAGUGGGCAUAACCAUGCAAAUAAUUUUGGUUCUUCACAGGGCACCAGUAGCCAGGCUGCAGAUGGAAGCUGGAGCGGUUUGCAGGGUGUUAACCAUCAGCAGGGUAUUGACAUGUACACAGCUGAAACUACUGCCAAAAGGGAGGAUUAUAUAACAUCUGGUAUUUACCAGCAAGUUAAUCACUCUUAUGGUUCAAGCAUUUCUGAGACCAAAGACCAACAAAAUACCUCUAGUUCCUUUGGAUCAGUUGCGUUGUACAAUAAAGUAAACCACGAUCAUGGUUUUGCUAAUGGAACUUUUGAACCAAAAAGUUUUGUUCCUAGUGGGAACAUCGGUCAGCAGUUUAAUUAUUCAAGCACAAAGUUUGAUGAACAAAAGAAAUUCUCAAAUGAGUUUGCUGGAAACCAGAAGCCCUUUAGUUAUUCCUAUCAAUCAAGCCCGGACGGGUAUCACAGUCAGUAUGCCCCUGAUGUUGGAAGAUCGUCAGCUGGACGUCCUGCUCAUGCCCUGGUAACCUUUGGAUUUGGUGGAAAACUCAUUGUAAUGAAGGAUCCGAGUGCUUUGAGCUCAUCAUAUGGAAACCAGAAGGAAUCUGUACAAGGUUCUAUUUCUGUGUUGAACGUGAUGGAAGUUGUCUCAGAGAGCAUUGGUUCUUCAAAUAUUGGAAAUUAUAGUGGGGAUUAUUUCCGUGCUCUGAGUCAGCAAUCUUUCCCAGGUCCAUUGGUUGGUGGGAGUGUUGGAAGUAAGGAGCUGUACAAGUGGUUAGAUGAGAGGAUUGCUUGCUGCAAAUCACCGGACAUGGAUUAUAAGAAUGGUGAUAGGUUGAGACUCCUUCUCUCCUUGCUUAAAAUAGCUUGUCAACAUUAUGGAAAACUACGUUCUCCUUUUGGUACGGACACCAUACUAAAAGAAAGUGAUACUCCUGAGUCAGCAGUCGCUAAACUUUUUGCAUCUUCCAAGUUGAGUGGCACAGAGUUCACUCACCCUCAGUAUGGAAAGCCAAGCCAUUGCUUGCAAAACUUGCCUUCAGAAGGGCAAAUGAUGGCAAUGGCUUCUGAGGUACAAAAUCUUCUUGUCUUUGGCAAAAAGAAGGAGGCUUUACAAUGUGCACAAGAAGCACAACUGUGGGGACCUGCGCUUGUUCUUGCUUCCCAACUUGGUGAACAGUUCUUUGUUGAUACAGUGAAGCAAAUGGCGCUUUGCCAGCUAGUUGUAGGGUCACCUCUGCGCACUUUAUGCCUUCUAAUUGCUGGGCAACCAGCUGAAGUAUUCUCUAUGGAUAGCUCAACCAGUGGACAUCCAGGUGCUUUUCAUAUGCCUCAACAGUCUGCACAGGUUGGAUCUAAUGGGAUGCUUGAUGAUUGGGAGGAGAAUCUAGCUGUCAUAUCUACAAACAGAACCAAAGGAGAUGAACUUGUAAUUAUUCACCUUGGUGAUUGUUUGUGGAAGGAAAGAAGUGAGAUUACGGCUGCACACAUAUGCUAUUUAGUUGCUGAAGCAAACUUUGAGUCAUAUUCAGACAGUGCAAGACUUUGUUUAAUUGGAGCUGAUCACUGGAAAUGUCCUCGAACUUAUGCUAGUCCAGAAGCUAUCCAGAGGACCGAGUUAUAUGAAUAUUCUAGGUUGCUGGGAAAUUCUCAGUUUAUUUUGCAUCCAUUUCAACCAUAUAAGCUUAUAUAUGCAUAUAUGCUAGCUGAAGUGGGAAAGGUUUCGGAGUCAUUGAAGUACUGCCAAGCAGUACAAAAGUCCUUGAAAACUAGCCGUGCUCCGGAAGAAGAAAUGUGGAAACAAUUGGCAUUAUCUCUUGAGGAGAGAAUUAGAACUCACCAGCAGGGUGGAUAUGCUGCAAAUUUGGCUCCUGCAAAAAUUGUUGGUAGAUUGCUUAACUUUUUUGAUAGCACUGCACAUCGAGUUGUUGGUGGUUUACCACCACCUGCUCCAUCAUCAUCACAAGGAACUGUUCAUGGAAGUGAGCAACAGUACCAGCAUAUGGCAUCCAAAGUAGUAUCUAGUAGCCAAUCAACCAUGGCCAUGUCAUCUUUAGUUCCAUCUGCUUCAAUGGAACCCACAAGUGAGUGGACAGCUGACAACAAUACAAUGGCAAAAAGUGUUUCAGAGCCAGAUAUUGGCCGAAGCCCAAGACAGGAAACGGCUUCACCACCUGAUGCACAAGGAAAAGCUCAGGUUUCAGGGGGUACAUCUCGCUUUCCUCGUUUUGGUUUUGGCUCACAACUUUUGCAAAAAACAGUGGGGUUAGUCUUGAGACCUCGCUCUGGUAAACAGGCUAAAUUGGGCGAGAAAAAUAAGUUCUAUUAUGAUGAAAAGCUGAAGAGAUGGGUUGAGGAAGGUGCCGAACCUCCGACUGAAGAAGCUGCACUGCCACCACCUCCAACAACUGCAUUCCAGAAUGGUUCAGCUGAAUACAACUUGAAAUCUGCAUUGAAGACAGAAGGUGUGACUCCUAAUGAGGGCUCUAUUGUAAGAACUGGUCCUGAACUUGGUCCAGGGAUGCCACCGAUGCCACCUAGUUCAAAUCAAUUCUCUGCCCGCAGCCGCUUAGGUGUUCGGUCAAGGUACGUUGACACCUUCAACCAAGGUGGUGGAAACUCUGCAAACUUGUUUCAGCCCCCUUCUGUUCCAUCUGUGAAACCUGUUCUUCCUGCCAACGCUAAAUUUUUCGUUCCUGCUCCCGCACCAUCAUCAAAUCACAACACAAUGGAGGCUAUAGCAGAAAGCAACCAAGAAGAUAGUACAGCUAAUGAAGAUCCUUCAACAUCUUCCACGAAUGAUUGGUCAUACCAACCCCCAAAACAUGUAUCGGCAGUGGCCAUGCAAAAGUUUCCAAGUAUGGGGAACAUCUCAAAACAGGGAGCAACAGGUGGUAGUAACUCUCAUUUUGCUAAUUCACGUCGAACAGCUUCAUGGAGUGGGAAUGUUAAUGAUGCAUUUAGCCCUCCAACAGUGCGUGAAACUAAGCCGUUGGGGGAUGCUUUGGGCAUGCCACCGUGGACAUUCAUUCCUAAUCAGUCUUCUUCAAUGCAUCCAACUAUGAAAAGUAGCAGUUUUGGGGAAGAUCUUCAAGAGGUUGAACUUUGAGCAGUUACUGAAGCUGUAAAUAUCAAAAUUUUGUUUUUGAUCAUCAGAAUAACGGGGCCUCCCUGCUUCUGGAUUUCUCUGGAAGUAUGGAACCAUGGGGCACGGCAGAUGGUGUCCAUACAGAAACAAACAUGUCUAUCCCUCUCACCCCUUCCCAUCAUCAUUUCUGUUAAUUUUACUCCCCACCUGGUGAUGUAUGAUUAAAUGUAGAUGGCUCACUUGAUAGGAGGUGUUGUUUUGUUUUAAACACCAUUGGAGUUGAUGCUGGCUUUCAUCACAGGGUUAUGGAACUGGUUUCUUUUGCAAGGGAUAGGACCACCUGCUGGGAGUAUAUAACUCAUUUGUUAAUUUUAUCAAACAUGAAACACAAUGCCCCCAAAGACGGCCUCAACAGAGCAAAGUUCAAAAGAAUAGUGUAUUGAAUUGUAAAAUAUAGUUUUCUACCUUUUUUUUAUUUGUUUUAAGUUCUCAAAUGAUAUUAAAUCUUCAAUUUCUAGACUUCAGAUUUUAUUGGAAGUCUUAUCUUUGUUUACAUUUAUAUUUAUAUAAGACGUGACGAUGGGGUAAAGGUAAUGUGGGGAAUGUGCUCGCUGGUGAUUAUUUCAAAAUGUUUGUUGAAAGGAUUGAAUAAUAUUUCAAAAUGUCACUUCAAUUUCCUUA